AUGGUUCCCGCAAAGAAGGGUGGCGAGAAGGGCCGUCCUGCCAUCAACGAGGUAGUGACCAGAGAAUACCCCAUCAACGUUCACAAACGUAUCCAUGGAGUGGGUUUCAAGAAGCGUGCCCCUCGGGCACUCAAAGAGAUCUGGAAAUUUGGCACGAAGGAGAUGGGAACUCCAGAUGUGCGCAUUGACCCCGGGCUCCACAAAGCCGUCGGGGCCAAAGGCAUAAGGAAUGCUCCAUACCGUAUCCGUAUCCGCGUGCGGUUGUCCAGAAACCAGAACGAGGAUGAAGAUUCACCCAACAAGCUCUACGCGCUGGUUGCCUACGUACCUGUCACCACUUUGAAAACUCUACAGACUGUUAAUGUGGAUGAGAACUAA